CCGAGGGGCGGGGCCAAGGCCCGGCCUUAAAGGGGCCGCGCCCCUCACGGGGCUGAGCGGGAGCGGCGGCAGCGGCGGGAGCCAUGGCCGAGACCAUCCUGGUGACGGGCGGCGCCGGCUACAUCGGCAGCCACUGCGUGCUGGAGCUGCUGCAGGCGGGCUACGAGCCCGUGGUCAUCGACAACUUCCACAACGCCAUCCGAGGCUCCGAGGAGCUCCCCGAGAGCCUCCGGCGGGUGCAGGAGAUCGCGCACCGGCCCGUGCUCUUCCAGGAGCUCGACAUCACGGACCGGGCGGCGCUCCAGGAGCUCUUCAGGAAGCACCGUUUCUCGGCCGUGAUGCACUUUGCGGGGCUCAAAGCUGUGGGGGAGUCGGUGCAGAAGCCUCUGGAAUAUUACAGAGUGAACCUCACCGGGACCAUCGGGCUGCUGGAGACCAUGAAGGCGCACGGCGUGAGGAACAUCGUGUUCAGCAGCUCUGCCACCGUCUACGGGGACCCCAAGUACCUCCCCCUGGACGAGAAGCACCCGGUGGGGGGCUGCACCAACCCCUACGGCAAAUCCAAGUUCUUCAUCGAGGAGAUGAUCCAGGAUCUCUGCAGAGCAGAGAAGGACUGGAACGCCGUCCUCCUGCGCUACUUCAACCCCAUCGGCGCCCACGAGUCGGGGAUGAUCGGGGAGGACCCUCAGGGCAUCCCCAACAACCUCAUGCCCUACGUGGCUCAGGUGGCAGUGGGACGCCGGGAAUUCCUGAGCGUCUUUGGGAACGACUACAAGACGGACGAUGGAACGGGAGUCAGGGAUUACAUCCACGUUGUGGAUCUGGCCAAAGGCCACAUCGCUGCUCUGAAGAAGCUCAAGGAGAACUGUGGCUGCAAGAUCUACAACCUGGGCACAGGCACCGGCUACUCCGUGCUGCAGAUGGUCCGGGCCAUGGAGAAAGCCUCGGGGAGGGAGAUCAAGUACCGGAUCACAGCCCGGCGCGAGGGGGACGUGGCCUCCUGCUACGCUGACCCCGCGCUGGCCGAGCGGGAGCUGGGCUGGAAAGCUGCCUUUGGCCUGGACAAGAUGUGUGAGGACCUGUGGCGGUGGCAGCUGCAGAACCCCACGGGCUUCAGCAAGAACUGAGCUGUGACCGAGGGCUGGCUGAGCCCAGGGAUGCUCUGAGCCAGCCCUGCCUCCUUCCCCCGGGGCUGUCACCAUCCUGGGAGGGCAUUUCCAGCUCCCCCUCCCGCCUCUGGCUCAGGGCAGGAAGGCUGGAGCAUCCUCAGCCUCCCUCCUCCUCAUCCUCAUCCCACAGGUCUUUGCAUCUCACAGAGCAGAACCACAAUGAAGGGAGAACAGAGCCAGGGCCUGGUUUGGCACCAUGGGCAUGGAACCGCCAUGGGAACCCCCAGGGGCUGCAGCCAGCCCGGGCUGGGAGCUCCUGGGCCCUCCCUGGGCAUCCAGCACUGGGACAGCUGGGUCCUGCUGAGCCCAAACUGCAGCAGAGCCCCUGUUCCCUCCUGCCCCACCCAGCUCAGGGGGAGCCCAAGGCCCCUCUGCCCCUGCCCUGGCACAGAGAGGCACCAGGAACCUCCCACAGGGACCACUCACAUUCCAAGGCUUCCUCCACCCCCCCUUGUCCCCCAGCAUGGUUUUGGGGACCAAACCCCAUCUCCCCCCUCUCCUGCUGAGCUGGAGAAGCCCCUGCCCAGGGCUGUGCCAGCCUGGCCUGGCUGCCCACAGCCCCCUGGGUGCCUGCUCUGGGCUCCUGUGGCAGCCACGCCCCAGAGCCCUUUGCCAAAGGCUGCCAGGAGCCAGCUCUGCCCUCCUGUCCCACCCUGCUCCUGUUUAUUCCUGGCAGCUCCCAGGGCAGGGAUGACGCAGCCGGCCCCGUGUGCUGUCGGCUGCAUGAAUAACUUAUGAAUUGAGCUUUUGAUUUGUUUUUAAAAUAAACUUUCCUACUUUCUAU